AUGCCGACAACUGCAGGAUUCGAACCUGCGCGGGCAAAGCCCAAAAGAUUUCUAAUCUUUCUCCUUAACCACUCGGACAAGUUGCCUAUAUAUUAUUUGCUUGUGGUUCACACUUUUUUGUUACUGUUCCAUUCCUUCAAAUGA